AGGCUGAAGCAAUUGUGGACUCCUUCCAGCCUUUAAUUUUUCACAGAUUCUUUCCUCGUCGAUCACUCCACCGUCGGGCGUCACUCUCUCUCUCUCUCUUUCAUUUCAUCAAACAGACAAAAAAAAGAGAGACACAAAACAAUGCCUUCCUUGCUUUGCUUCUGCACUCUUCAUUUCGUCUAAGAAUUUCCGUCACAGACCGAAAGAAACAACCACUAUAGCCUAUAAAAUAAAUUAACAGUAAACAAAUUGAAACAAGAAAAAAAGAAAAAAAGAAAAAAAGAAAAAAGAAAUUAGAAACCCCCAUUAUUAUAGAAAAGAAAAGAAAGAAAAACCCAAAAGAGGAAAAAUUUCAGUCUUCUAAGAAAGAAAGUUUCUCAUCGUGUUCCUCUUGUUGACGACAAAUCACUUCCAUAGAGAUAGAUAGAGAUUCGUUCUCUCCAAACUCCUUCAUCUGCUUUUACAGCAAUUCGAGGUUGCUUUUGCUCUUCUGGGCUCUCUGCAAUCUCUGAGCUCAACCUCAACCAAAAGAGAUUGCGAGGUUUUUUCUGUUUAGUUGGAAAUGGUGGCUAUUCAAUUGGAAACAUGUUAAGUUGGUAACUGUGAGAAAGUGGUCUCGUGUUCUUGUUAUUGUGGUUGAUUUGUUUAAGAAAGUGAAGAGAAGAAGAGAACCAUAUUGGAUGGGUAAUAAACUCGGAAAAAGGAGACAGGUGAUUGAUGAGAAGUAUACAAGGCCUCAGGGUCUAUACCACCAUAAAGAUGUGGAUCAUAAGAAACUCAGGAAGCUCAUACUUGAAUCUAAGCUUGCUCCAUGCUAUCCUGGACUUGAAGACUGCAUUCGGGAUCUUGAAGAAUGCCCAAUUUGCUUUCUGUUUUAUCCAAGUCUCAACAGAUCAAGAUGUUGCAUGAAAGGCAUUUGUACAGAGUGUUUUUUGCAGAUGAAAGUGCCCAAUUCAACUCGUCCUACGCAGUGCCCUUUCUGCAAAACCACCAAUUAUGCUGUGGAGUUUCGGGGUGUAAAAUCUAAGGAGGAGAAGGGCCAGGAACAAAUUGAAGAACAACGAGUCAUUGAAGCAAAAAUUAGAAUGCGACAGCAAGAACUUCAGGAUGAAGAGGAAAGAAUGCAAAAUAGACAACUAAAUUCUUCUAGCAGAAACAUGGCACCAAUCGGGGAUGAAUACAGCUCUGUAACUGAACUUCUGGCAGUUCCAUCUUCCACUUAUCCUGCGGAAGGAGAGGAAGUCAUUUCUUCUCAGGAUUCAUGUGCUACAGUGUUUAGACCAACUCCACCUCCAGGAGCAUACAGGGAGGAUGAACUUGAUCUGGAUCUUGACGAUAUAAUGCUCAUGGAAGCAAUUUGGCUUUCUAUUCAGGAGAAUGGGAGACAUAAGGCUCCAACUUAUGUUGAUGCUGCUCGAUCUGAACAAUUUGUCACAAGACAAAGCUAUGACUCAUCAGCCAUUAUACCUUCAGUUUCCGGGUCAUCAUCAUCCCCAUCUGGGGGUCUUGCUUGUGCAAUAGCUGCCCUUGCGGAACGGCAACAAACGAGUGGGGAAUCCUCCAUUGAUCCUGGUGGCAAUAAUGUAUCAACUUUUAAUAUGGUUCCAGGCACUAGCAGGUUUUACAACAGGGUGGAUGGAGAAUCUGAGAAUUAUCAGCCUGCAGUUAGCCUUUCUGAAUUGUCAAUCGAUCACGGGACAUCAUCGACUCAAGAUGAGAGAGAAUGGAAUGGUGAGACAACGCGGUCAAGUUAUGCAAGCUCUGACACAACCGAAGAUGCUGGCACUACUUCUGCAUUACCGACCUCGGAUGAGAUUGAGGGUGACCUUCAAAAUGCCCCAGGCCACAUCGUUCCUGAGAGUUUUGAGGAGCAGAUGAUGCUGGCCAUGGCCGUUUCUCUGGCUGAGGCGAGAGCUGUGACUAGUGGACCUGGAGUUUCGUGGCAGUAGGUAGUUUAAGUUGUGCUAUACUGAGCGCAGCAGUUUGCUAGCUGAAUCUCGAGCAAGCAAAUGUGCAAGCAUCUGCCAGUAACUAGUUGAACGGUCAAGGUAGUGAUGAUUCUCUGUCACUUUGUCAGUGCCAAGCUGCCUAUCUAUAUAGAUGUCAAAGGAAAACUGAUUAUUUCAGUGAAUGAAAGGCCUCUAGUUUUGCAGUUUCUUAAUCAUUUCUUCACUUUCACUCCUCUAUCCUUAAUGGUUCACAGCUUGAUUGGUGAGUCGCAAGGCUUGAUAUCGUAUUUGAUUAGUGUAUGCCUCAUAUUUCUCAUGUCAACAAUGAAAUGCAGUCGUCCCAUGAUAUUACAGUGAAUAGUGUUUCAGUCUCUUAUCCAGAACAAUGCCCAUCCGAGAUACCAAUCCUGGUUGUACACUAGCAUUCCAUAGUGUGGAGAACAGCUUGCCUACAGAUAAAGUUAUAGAAAUGGAGGGGAUGAGAAUUGUAUAUAGAAUUUCUUAUGUGCUUGGUUAUGUUGCAGAGGGUUGUAUGUUUUGUUUUACUUUUGUGACCAUUGCAAGAUUGCAUAAUGUAGAACUGAUUUGCCUACAAA